AAUACACAAGAGCAAUUCGAAAAGCAUCAAAGAAGCGUUGCGCGUGAGUACGUGAAACUAAAUGACAUAUUUCCUUCGUCGCAAAUGACGUAGAUUAGGAUAAUUAAGUUGCUAUAAAAUCCAGCAAAAACCGAAAAACGUUUUUAAAAUAAUCUCAGGAAUUGAGAUAGAACAAGAAAUCGCUCUCACUGACAUGUGCGCCAAUUGGGAAAAAGGUAAACGCUAGCUUACCUCACAGUAAUUGUCGCGAAGUCAACAACAGACAACUUUGUGCCGAUAACGCAGUCAGGUUCAAACAGAAACAUUGGAUUAGGCUUUUCACAUGGGAACACUUUUGACAGUUUGUAUUCUUUCAAUUAUUAAUGGAUUUGCGUCCAUCGCAGGAGCGAUCGGAAACAUCCUGGUCUGUUGCGUUCUAUACCGAAACGAGGAAUUACAAACAGGUGUGAACUAUUUCAUCCUAAACCUUAGUGUGGCGGAUUUAACGGUGUGCACCAUCGCUCAGCCGAUGUACGUUUAUUAUUUAAACCAGGAGUGGAGCGCUAAGAACUUUGCAACUUUCAAGCUUGUCUCGUACUUUCCUUUGCAUUUUUCCUUCUCAAAUCUGCUGCUACUUACGGUAAAUCGUUUAUUCGCUGUCUUGUAUUCUUUCCGAUAUGGGACGGUUAUGCGUGGUAAGAACGUGGCAGUGAUCGUGUGCUUAGCAUGGGGAGUUUCAGCUGUCCUGGCAAUCGUGUUUGCUGAGUCUCCCAUUCAAGAAACCGCUCCGUACUUUCACCUGGCAAUGCUGCUCACGUUUCUCACAAUAUAUUUGAAGAUUUUUUGUAUCGCCGAGAAGAAACGCCGUCAGAUUGUCUCGCAGUUUGAGUCUGUUUCUCAUAACUACAGAGUUGCCAAGGUCGCUCAAGAUUAUCUAACGACGCGCACGCUAGCAAUUCUAAUCUGCGUUUCUGUGGUCCUUUUUCUUCCCGAUUUAUGGCUCCAACUUACAGGAAGCGAAGACUCCACAAGAUUUUACUGGUCUUUCACGACGAUGUUUUUAAGCUCAUUUUUAAAUCCUUGUGUGUACGUUUGGAGAAGCGGAAAGUUUCGGUCGGCGCUGUACAAGACGUUUGGUUUGUCUCGAGCGAAAACCAGGCUUGUUAGGCGUAACCAGGUUAAAAGGAUAAAAAACAUAGAUGGCGUAUUCGGCUCAUUGAAAGUCAUAGACCUAGAAGCUCUUGAACACAAAUAAUAUUUCGUUACAAAAGAAGAAUAAAUAAAUGGUUUUCGAACGUAUUUACACCCUCCUCAUAACUUUGACUUUUCUCGAUAAAUGAAGAAAAUACAAAAAGUGAUUUAAGGCGUGUGUUUGUACGUUCUUAAUUUAAAGUGAUUGUGCCUUGUGUGUUGCAUCUAAAAAUACUUAUGGGCAAAAAAGACCAAAGAUCUUCACAAAUUUUUCAUCAAAAUAGUGGGUAAUAAGACAAGAGAGCUCUGAAGUACUUUUUAUCAAUAUUAAUUUUAUCAUCGUCAUUAUUGUUAUCAUAACAACAUGAUAAGUUAUCAUUUGUA